AUGAAACCCCACCACCUCCUCCUCUCCUUCCUCGCAGCCACCACAGUAACAGCACACUACACCUUCCCCGAACUCAUCGUCAAUGGCAAAAAAACCGGUCUCUGGACCUAUGUCCGCAAGACUGCAAACUAUCAAUCCAACGGCCCUAUAACAGACAUCUCGUCUCCUUCUAUCCGCUGCUACGAGCUCUCCCCCGGCACACCCUCGAAAACCUACAACGUCAGUGCGGGCGAUGACGUCGGCUUCACGGCCGCGAGUUCCAUUUCGCACCCGGGGCCCUUGCAGUUUUACAUGGCUAAAGCGCCGGAGGGCCAGACGGCGGCGACGUUUGAUGGGAGCGGCAAGGUGUGGUUUAAGGUGUACAGUCAGGGUGCGACGUUUAGUCCGGGUGGGGGGAUGGCGUUUGCUAGUAGUGGUGUAAACGUCAUACCCUUUGCAACACCAACUUCUCCCAAACCCCUACACUACCACAGAAACCACGCUUCUAACCCCCACCCCUCCCAACCAGGAAAAUCCCAACUCACAAUCUCACUCCCCGCCUCCCUCCCCUCGGGCGACUACCUCCUGCGCAUCGAGCACAUAGCCCUACACAGCGCCUCCAGCCGCGGCGGCGCCCAAUUCUACAUUUCGUGUGCGCAGUUGACGGUGCAGAACGGUAGUGGUGGUGGGCAGUUGCCGCCGCCAGACCAAAUGGUUGCUUUUCCCGGCGCGUAUGAGGCGAGCGAUCCUGGAAUCUUGGUGAAUAUUUAUUAUCCGGUGCCGACGAGUUAUACGCCGCCGGGGCCGGCGGUGUGGAGCGGGUAG